UGUUGACUGGCCUCUGCCUCCGGUCUGGUGCCGUUCGUAAAUAUCAACAUAUUAUAAUCGUCAAAAUAAAUUAAAUUUUCAGUGUUCUAGUGCAUUGUAUUGUAUGAGCUAUAGUUGCUGAUUAAAUAUGGCGGCGAUUGUAGAGGAAGACAGAAGGAGAUACAGACCGUUAGAAAACGUUUUGAAUGCAAUUAAUAAAGAUUUCAUUCAGUUGUCUAAAACAGAAGUCAUCAGGAAUAAUGCUAUUUUACGUGAGUUACUGAGCUUGCUGACCGGUAAAAUGCAGAAAGUAGACAACCUUUUUAAAGAAAUGUUUUCCACCGUUUUUUACGGUGGUAGUUUCUAUGACGGUUUGCGUGUGGGAACCCCAGACGAGUUUGAUUUGGAUCUUCUUCUUACACUUCCAAAAUUGGUUGAACCGGAAUUAAUACUUUGCAAUAUUCCAGGGUACUUGCAGUUAAAACUUAACAAUUAUCCGGCUUUACAAAAGGAUAAAAGCAUGGCAAAUAGAUACAAGGAUUUAAGAAAAUUGCUUGAAGAUGAAAAGGACUAUUAUUUGGACAAUCAAAAAGUACGUCAAUGGAUGGAAAGAGUGGUAACACUUGCACUAAACGAUUUCCAAAAGGAAAAUGGAAAAUAUGUUUUGGACGUUUCCAUGGGAAGAUUUCUUGCAAAAAUUCAUAAAGCUGGUCCAGCUUUUACUCUAAAAGUUACUGGCCAAGUAAAAGGCGAAAAAAUAAGUUUGGACAUAGAUUUAGUGCCAUGUUUUCUUUUUGGGAAAGAUAAGUGGCCAAAAUCACAAUUUAGACCUAAUCCAGUAGCAUCCAAGGUAAAACCAAAAUACGUCACAUAUUGUGAGAGUCAACCGCCUAAAAGGUAUUAUCCUAAAAAACGGAGUAACAUAUAUUAUUACAAAAAAUUAAAAAAGACUGACUUUUUUAUCGUGCCAAAACCAGUAAAAGACGCUCCUGGUCGCAGUAACCGUUAUUGGAGAUUGUCCUUUCAACAGCAAGAAAGAAUAAUCAUCGACAAUAAAAACUAUCUGAAACCAACAAUAAAAUUUUUAAAGAAAAUGAGAGAUGUAUCAGAUCACACAUGCAUCGCUAGCUAUUAUAUAAAAACUUUGGUUUUGUGGGAAACCGAAAAAAUGUGUGACGCCUUUUGGAGUAGUUCGAUUAGUUACGUUUUUAUGACGAUUUUAAAAAAGUAUUACGAGUGUUUGAGGGACAAGAGGAUCCCGUACUAUUGGUAUAAGACAAACAAUCUUAUACAGGGCGUGAAUGAUAUCACGAUGCAAAAUAUGCAAAACAGAAUCAAAUACAUUAUUAAUGAUAUCGAAAGCCACUUACAAGACGAUCCAAGUGUUGUGAUUAAAUAUCUGUUGACUCCUAUGGAACAAACUCAGUAUAGGACGUCAACCUUAAGUCUAAGGUAGAUUCUAUGUAAAGGAAGAACGCAGACUGUCAAUGACAGCGCAUGAAUAAUAAGGGCUAAUUUUAAAUGCACGUUUCUUAAGAUCCGUGCAUACAUAUAUAAAAAAAUAUAUAUCGGCGAGUUUGCCUUUAUUUUAAAGUUUGACAAAAAAAUAAAUCCUUUUUUUACUUAAGUGUUAAUGAUCAAAUUUAUAUUUUAAAUAUUAUUCGAAAUAUACCCAAAUAUAUUAUAUAUCCUUGUUUGUUAAAAAAUAAAAUUUUCAAUUUUAUUAUUUUUUUAUUGUUCGUUUCAUUUGUUCCUACUUCUUCAUAAUUUACAUUUUUGAAUUUGACUCUUUAGUUUAUCUAUUUUGUUUUCCAUCUUUUUCUCUAAUUUUUUUUUUGAUUCUCUUAGAUUCUUUCUUCUGAUUCUUUUAUAAUGGUUGCCAUAUGCCUGUUAUGGUAUUUAUCCAUUUAUUUUCUAAGAUACCCAUUCUUGCCUUUGGAUCUUGUUCAUUCAAUAUUGUUUUUUACUUUUUCUUUAAUAAUUCUUUAUAUUUUCUUUUCCAUAAAUUCUUCUACUCCAAAUAUUCUUCCACCAUUCCUUCUUUGUUCCUAGAAUUCUAUUUUUCAUAUUUUGCUAUUUUUUGACAGCUUUCCAUAAUAAAUAAUCAGUGAUUUAAUCAACUGUGAGUUCUCUCAAGUACUUGUUGGUCGACUCAUUUUUAAUUUUUUGUAGCUGUUGUGUAGUCUACUUAAUUUCUUUUAUCCUCUUCAGUUCUCAUUUUUGCCACUCAUUUUGAGCCUUUAUUUUGUUUUGUAUUAAGUCCCUUAUUUCCUUGGGGGUAAUUAAUACCUAAUAAUGCUCGCUGUCACAGCUCAUUUGGGAUCUAUUCUGUAAAACAUCCGUUAAAAUUUAGAG